AUGAAAGUGAUGGAAUUCUUUCCACCUUACGAAGAACAAGGUCAAUUUGUUGAUUUGAUCACCUUACCAAAGAGUUCGGAUUUUUUGGCAAGAUUACAGAAAUUCACAUUUUCAUUUACAUCUCAAUUAUCAAAAAGAAUUCAAGAUAUCGAAAUUUUGGAUGUAUUAGAUAAUGAAGGAUUAGUAGCAUUAAUUAAUGCUCAAACUAAUUUAUAUGAUAUUAAGUUAAUUGAAGGAACUAGUGAAAUUCCCAAAGUAAUUUUGGCAUUAUCCAAAAAAUCUGAUACCUUACGUAAAGUUUAUAUCACGGGAUAUUCCGCCACCACUUCGGUGGAUUCAUUCUUUCAACAACCACCGAAUUUUGAAAAUUUAGAAGAAUUAUCUUUAAUUCAAUUUUCCACUCGUAAUAAACCUUUAUAUCAUUAUCCGGAUUUUUUAGUUCAUCGAACUAGACUUGUUCAAUUUUUACAACAAACAGCUCAACAAGCUCAACAACGUUAUCAACAAUUACAGCAACAACAACAAAAUUUACAACAACAAAUACAACAACAUCAAAUUGCUUUACAACAACAACAAGUUUAUUUACAACAAACAAUGCGUAUUCAAAGUCAUAAUCCACGAGCAAGUACUCAACUUCAAACAGCUCUACAACAAUUACAACAAACGAAUCAACAACAAUUACAACAAACAAGUCAACAACUGUUAACUCAACAACAACAAUUAAAUCAACAACUGCAACAAUUACAACAACUAAUAAAUCAACAACAAACAACUAAUCAACAACAAACAAUACAAACAACGCAAACUGUUCAAACUACUCAACCAAUUAAUCAACAACAACAACAAUCAACGCAAACAAUUACAUACCGCACAAAAUCAAGCGAUGAGACAUGCAAUUUUAGCACAAAUCACCGCACAUCGAACUCAACCAUUUCAUUUAAUGCCACAAAUACUUCGACAACAUCAUCACGCAGCAUUAUUACAUUCACGACUAACGAAAGACAAUUAUUUUAUCAAAAUCUUCAAGAUUACAAUCAACAAUUAUCAUCAUUAAAUCCAAAUUUAAAUGAUUUAAAUUAUUCAAAUUUACGUAAACUUGAAAUUGAAUUAUACAAUGGACAAUACAUUCAACAAUAUAUUUCAUUAAUCUUAAAUGUUAAUGGUAACUUAAUGGAAGAACUCGUCAUCAAAUUAUUUAAUACCUAUGAUUCAGAUAAUUAUCCAAUCCUAUUUACCACGAUCAUUGAGAAUUGUCCAAAACUUAAAAGAAUUGAUUUGAUAGUAUCCAAUGAUUCAAUAUUACAAAUCCCUCAAUUAUUUUCAAAUUGCAUGAAACUUGAAAGUGUGAAUUUGGAUACGGUGAAAAUAGAACCUUGGGAUAUUAGUGAAAUCUUAUAUAACCUUGGAGACAUCGUACCAAUGAAAUUGAAAAAUUUAAGUCUUGGAGAAUUCUCAUGGAAAUAUUCGGAUGACGCAUUAUAUUAUUUCUUUAAUUGUUGUGAUGAGAGGUUAGAAUUUAAACCAUUACAAUUUGGGGUUGGACAUUUGUUGGAAGAUCGAGUGCUCAAAGUAUUUUAUGAAUUUAUAUCAAAUGGCGUUAUUGAAGUUUAA